AUGCCCCUGGACAUUCUCGACAUCGUCUGCGAAUACGUAGCAGCGUGUGACGCUGGCAGACGCAGUUCGUCCCCCACAGUCAUAGUGUGCAGGUCCAUCUCAGGUGCUGCAGACACAGUGCGGUUCCGCCAGCUCCGUAUCAGGGUUCGCAGCGUGGAGCAGAUGCACCGCAUCACGUCAGCCGAGAUCCAGGAGCUGGACAGCAAGCUCACGAAGACCACGGUGCCGGCGACUACACGCGCAUCCACCACAGCGAGCUACUCAACCAAGGUUAGCAAGGACGAAGAGGAAACCGUCUUCGAGCCUCCUGUUGCAAGAACCUACAAGGCCGAGGAGCUGGACCUGGACGUGUCCCUCACACGCAACACAUUCAGGAACUGA